GGUAAAUAGCGGCAAAGAUCUGGAGACCACACACCUCGCCGCCGCAAAACAUGCUAGGUAAGCAGAACUCCUUCGCGUGCCUUAUCAUCAGCGGCGACUCUAUCACAAAACGCCGCCAGAAAACCCGCGAAGAGUGAUUGGUAGCCCGCAAAGCACACCCAUUGCUGCUAUUCCAAAACAAGGUUGUGAAGGCAGGACUCCUACGCGUGCCACAAAUCAGCGGCGAUUGCAUCACAAAAUGCCACCAGAACCCCGCGAAGAGUCCUUGGAAGCGUGCGAACUCUGCUGCCGUCGCUGCUCCACUGCGGAGGUGCUGCCGAUACUGGGUCCUCUGCCCGCCGUGCACAAAACUGUUGAGCCACCCUCCACUGUUCGCCAUCCUGAGCUAUCGCGGCCUCUCCCUGUCCCUGGGAAAUUGGAGAGCCGAGACUUCUAUCUCAUUACCAGAAGCCGUUGGUUCGCAGAGAAAAUGAUAGAGGCAUCUCCAUUCUCUUCGUUGGACCACGCAACAUCCUUUGUAAGGCAGUUGUGGUUCAAAGAGUCAAGUAUACAGUCAUGGCUGGAUGCCUUUUCUGGACAAAGUCAUCUCUAUCGAGCCAUUGGUCAUGCGCCGGCUUCUCUGAUGAGGGAAUUGUUUCAAUGGGACCGAAAGUACCGAGCUAAAUUUGGGUUUGAUUUUAUAACAAGGUUAUCUCGACCAAAGAUCCAAGAGGCAUCCGAAGAACCAGGAGAGGUGGUUCCAGAUUCGAUGGAUAAAGAGGACGUUGUCUCCUCCGAUGGGUCCGAUGAGGCUGUUUCUGCCGGUCAAAAUGGUUUCAUGCUGUCCUAUGACCUUAAUAAAACGCCAGAAGAGAAUGAAUAUCCUUACAGUGGAAUGUCUCCUGAAAAGAAGAAUGCAUGA